AUGGACGCUCGCAGUUCGAUUCCUGACCAUCGUCGCGCAACUUACAAGAACAAGGGUUUAGCUAAACCAGAUGAACUUCGUCGUCGUCGCGAAGAACAGCAGGUAGAAAUUCGGAGAACAAAACGCGAGGAGAACAUCGCGAAACGCCGCAACUUGGAUGUUGCUGGCGUCGAUUCAGAUGAUGAAGACGUGGCUGGCGCUGGUUGGGACCCUAAGACUGCCGCUGAGAUGGUUAGCGGCGUCAUGUCCGAUUCACCUGAGCUCCAGCUGGACGCCACCACCAGAUUUCGAAAGCUCCUCUCUAAAGAGAAAAACCCUCCAAUCGAACGAGUCAUCGAAUGCGGUGUGAUCCCAUUUUUCGUCAGGUUUCUUAGCUCAAAGCAAUCAAUGCUUCAGUUUGAGGCAGCUUGGGCACUCACAAAUAUUGCAUCGGGAACUGCUGAGCACACACAGUUCGUGAUUGAUGCGGGCGCCAUUCCGGAAUUUAUCAACCUCCUGUCAUCCAAUGUCAUGGACGUGCGUGAGCAAGCUGUCUGGGCUUUGGGUAACAUUGCCGGAGACAGUCCAAAAUGCCGCGAUCAGGUUCUUCAGGCUGGAGCUCUUCGGCCGUUGUUGAACCUGCUCAGCGAGAACCCCAAGUUGAGCAUGCUUCGAAACGCGACCUGGACUCUGAGCAACUUCUGUCGGGGAAAGAACCCUCAACCCGCUUGGGAACUGAUUUCCCCCGCUUUGAGCGUUCUCACCAAGCUCAUCUAUUCGCUGGACGAUGAAGUUCUGAUUGACGCGUGCUGGGCUAUAUCCUAUCUUUCUGACGGCUCAAACGACAAGAUCCAAGCCGUUAUCGAAUCCGGCGUAUGUCGUCGCCUGGUGGAUCUGUUACUUCACCAUUCCACAUCUGUCCAGACCCCGGCGCUGCGAUCAGUUGGGAAUAUUGUCACCGGGGAUGAUUUGCAGACGCAAGUCGUCAUAGCAUCCGGCGCACUCCCGGCGCUCCUAUCGCUCCUCUCUUCUCCGAAGGACCCCAUUCGCAAGGAAGCCUGUUGGACUAUCUCCAACAUCACUGCAGGCUCUCCUCAGCAGAUUCAGGCAGUUAUUGACGCUAAUGUCAUCCCGCCUCUCAUCAACAUCCUUCAAAAUGCCGACUUUAAGACCAAAAAAGAAGCGUGCUGGGCCAUUUCAAACGCCACUUCCGGCGGUCUUCUCGAGCCUGCCCAAAUUCGUUAUCUUGUGGCGCAGGGAUGUAUCAAGCCAUUGUGUGACCUGCUGAACACGAUGGACAAUAAAAUUAUCCAAGUCGCGCUCGACGGGCUCGACAACAUCCUCAAGGUCGGCGAUCUGGACAAGGAUGCAGCUGGGCCAGGCGCCGUGAACCAAUACGCUAAUUACGUUGAAGAGGCUGGUGGAAUGAUCACAAUCCACCAUCUGCAGCACCAUGACAACCUAGAUAUCUACAAAAAGGCGUUUUACAUCAUGGACAAAUACUUCCCUGAUGACGAUGACGAAGAGAACAUCGGCGCUAGCGUCCCUCAAGUCGACGAGUCUGGGUCUUUUGCUUUCCACACUGGUGUUUUAGCUCCUCAGGGAGGUUUCUCGUUUGGGCGUUAG